GAAAACUAUGGGAUUUCUGAACCUUGCAUCCAGUCUUUCUCCAGAUCUUUACGAACAUGCACGCUAUCAAGGUUAUUUGUCUGGUUUGCUUCUUUUCCCUUAUUUCUGGAGGUAGAAUCAGACGACAAGAAAUUGAUACGAAGAUAGCUAAUGCUGAAAACACAGAAAACUCUUCAACGACUGCUGCUCCAUCAACGACAGCUGCUCAAACAACGACAUCUGCUCCAUCAACGACAGUUGCUCCAUCAACGACAGUUAAAACAUCGAUCGAAAAUUUGGAAAAAGACCNUUGA